CGCAAAAUACUUCGGAUCUGUUGGUCAGACAUUAUCAGCAACAGCCUACUGUAGGAGAGAACAAUGCAGAUUUCAGAGGAGGAAGAAUCGCUGGAAUUGGAUAGGACAUACAUUGCGGAAAGUACCCAACUGCGUCAAAAGGCAAACCUGUACAUGGGAUCCUGAAGGCUAAAGGAAAAGAGGAAGUCCAACGAACACAUUACAUUGAGAAAAUAGAGAUAGAUGUGAGAAGAAUGAAUAAGAAUUGGAUAGAACUAGGAAGGAAGGCACAGGACAGCGUUGGUUGGAGAAUGUUGGUCGGCGACCUAUGUAUGCUCUAUUGGUUGUAACAGGCGUAAGUAAGUAAGUAGGGAAGGAAGUAAAUAAGUGGGAUUAGUUUAUCCCCUUAUUAAAUUUCUAUCCACCUAUCUAUUUCCUGAUGAAUUGUUUUGUAGGUAUCAGGUUUUGUGCAUCAUACCUAGAUGCGAAUGUUUUAUCACUUCCUUACCUUUUUGUUAUUGUCUUUAAAGAUUUUAAUACUCAUAUAGUAUCGUUUUAACUUUUAGGACAGAUGGGUAUCCGAGGCUUGUGGACGUAUAUUCAAAGUAACAGUGACAACUUAUCCCGGUAUGAAUUGCAUAACCAGCCUUUAGUUAUUGAUGCCGAGAACUUUGCUGCUUCCUGUUAUCGUCAAGCUGCUUUUCGAUGUGAAUAUGGUGGAGAGUAUUUGGCAUUUAAAGGAUAUGUGCAUUCAUUCUUAAAACAGUUUAGUAUCUGUCGUGUGGAACCAAUUUUCAUUUUCGGUGGAUGUCAUCCCGAGGAGGGGUCAAAAUUGGAUACAUUGUUAAAGCGGAACAUGGAAUACUUUGACAUACUGUCAUCAGCUCUUAAAUUUGAGUCAACAUAUAGCGAAAAGUUGAACAUCGAUAUAACUCCACGACUUUGCAGAAAUGUUCUUGUGGAAAUUCUGAAGGAAUCUUCAGUUCCAUACAUAGCAUGUGAACGUGAAGCUGAUAUCAAUGUAGCAGAACUAGCUAUUUAUCUUCGAUGUCCUGUUACCAGUGGGGAUUCUGAUUUUUUCAUUUAUCGACCAAAUGAUCAUAAUCAAGUCUACAGUUUUAUUCCAUUUUCAUCUAUUUCGCUUGAUUGUAAGGAGAGAUUCCCUCCUUGUUCGAUUUGUCAACUUGAUGGUGCUUCAUGUUAUUUUAUAUCGUGUACAAUUCUUAAUAAUUCAGGACCGUUUUAUAAACUCAAGUAUCCUAUGUUACCACUAUUUGCCAUCCUCGUUGGUAAUGACAUGAUAUCAAAUAUUCGCCUUCCAACUGUCAUCGAUUCACUAAUGCGCACUUCUGUUUUGCAGGGUAGGUCCCACUAUCAAAGACAUAUCGACGCUAUAUUUAACUGGCUGUUACGUUUCCAUGAUAUAGAACAACCAUUGUCAUCAAUUCUGUCACUUUACAGCCGAAAGGAAAGGGAUGGUAUUGAGAAGGAAAUCCGUUUGGGGAUUUCUGAUUAUCUUCUAAGUAGUUCAGGCGAAAAGCUGGCUCAUGAAUUAGGUUUUUCAACUGAACAUCGUGACUCGUCAAACAAGCUGGGAAGUUCGAACAUUCAGGACCCCAAAACUCCUUGUGGUUCGUACUGUGAAGAUCUUUCCAAACGUUCUAAACUUAAAUUGGAUGAUAAUAAAGAUGAUGAUAAUGAUGAUAAAGACAGUAUAUUUUACCGUUGGCCGAAAGAAUUGAUUAAGCGAUUUAAAUUUUUGGAAUUAAUGCCAACCUUAAUGGACUGCAUGUAUGUACAAAAUGGUGUUAUUAAUCGUCUAGUAAUGGAGGACAUAAAUAUUCCUAAUUCACUUGAUGAAUGUAUGUCGAAGAUGAGAAGUAUUUUAAAUGGACUCAUACUUGGUCUUGAAAAUCACUUAGGCACCAAUGGGAAGUUAUGUGGAAUGGAGGAUGAGUAUAUCACUGAGUAUAGACGAAGUUUGAAUGGUCAUUUGACGAAGACAUUGGUUUCAGUAAAUCCUCUGAAACCCCAUUGUGCUAAAACACCAGAAUUUUCAUUCUUAUCUUUUUUCUCGGAAUUCUUGAAUGUGAAUUUGGUGAAAGAUUUUAAGCAUGUUGAAAUGCAAGGUUUGGCUAUUUUAUUAGUUCUGUGGUUCAGAUCUUCGUCUCAUGCUCAGAAGAAAGCUAAAAACAUUCAGACAUCACCGGUUGGACUUGCGUUGUCAUGUUGUGCAAUCGCUAUCAAUUCAAAUUGUGAAUUUGUUUGUAGAGAUCGUGAUGCUGCUGCUGCUGCUGCUGCUGCUGCUGCUGCUGGAGAUCAUGUCAGCUCUAUUCGCACACAUCUUGAUAAGUGUGCUGAUUCGGCCGAAUCAGUUUAUUACCAGGGCAAUGCACCAUCCUUUUGUAUCGAGGACGUCCAUCAGCUUAAUGAAUUACAAAGUAUGGCCUCUGGAUUACAACAUUUAGUUGCACUGAUUGAGGUGCUUUGUCCGUUUUAUAACUCAAAUAGUAAUGAAUUUGAUACUUCACAUUUAAGAAAUCCUUUCAUAAGGUUUUAUCCACUUUGGAUGUUAUUUGCCAGUGGACGUCUUUUAUACUGGAUUAGUCGACUUUUACAAAAUGUUGAUCCGUCUGAGCGAAAUAGCACUGGUGUUGAAGAAAAUCCAAAUAUUCCAAUAGAUAUAUCUUGUAUCUACAGAGAGUUUUUGAGAGCAGUUUCGCUUCAUGCUUGUGGUUCGUACUGUGAAGAUCUUUCCAAACUUUCUAAACUUAAAUUGGAUGAUAAUAAAGAUGAUGAUAAUGAUGAUAAAGACAGUAUAUUUUACCGUUGGCCGAAAGAAUUGAUUAAGCGAUUUAAAUUUUUGGAAUUAAUGCCAACCUUAAUGGACUGCAUGUAUGUACGAAAUGGUGUUAUUAAUCGUCUAGUAAUGGAGGACAUAAAUAUUCCUAAUUCACUUGAUGAAUGUAUGUCCAAGAUGAGAAGUAUUUUAAAUGGACUCAUACUUGGUCUUGAAAAUCACUUAGGCACCAAUGGGAAGUUAUGUGGAAUGGAGGAUGAGUAUAUCACUGAGUAUAGACGAAGUUUGAAUGGUCAUUUGACGAAGACAUUGGUUUCAGUAAAUCCUCUGAAACCCCAUUGUGCUAAAACACCAGAAUUUUCAUUCUUAUCUUUUUCCUCGGAAUUCUUGAAUGUGAAUUUGGUGAAAGAUUUUAAGCAUGUUGAAAUGCAAGGUUUGGCUAUUUUAUUAGUUCUGUGGUUCAGAUCUUCGUCUCAUGCUCAGAAGAAAGCUAAAAACAUUCAGACAUCACCGGUUGGACUUGCGUUGUCAUGUUGUGCAAUCGCUAUCAAUUCAAAUUGUGAAUUUGUUUGUAGAGAUCGUGAUGCUGCUGCUGCUGCUGCUGCUGCUGCUGCUGCUGGAGAUCAUGUCAGCUCUAUUCGCACACAUCUUGAUAAGUGUGCUGAUUCGGCCGAAUCAGUUUAUUACCAGGGCAAUGCACCAUCCUUUUGUAUCGAGGACGUCCAUCAGCUUAAUGAAUUACAAAGUAUGGCCUCUGGAUUACAACAUUUAGUUGCACUGAUUGAGGUGCUUUGUCCGUUUUAUAACUCAAAUAGUAAUGAAUUUGAUACUUCACAUUUAAGAAAUCCUUUCAUAAGGUUUUAUCCACUUUGGAUGUUAUUUGCCAGUGGACGUCUUUUAUACUGGAUUAGUCGACUUUUACAAAAUGUUGAUCCGUCUGAGCGUUUUCAUCGAGUCAAAAAUCAUUGGCUUCCAAAGUUGCUCAUAAGAACCAAUUCUGUAAAUCAACAACAAUAUUGCGUCCAAAAAGAUUUUACCAAACUUUUCAACCUAAUUGAUAAGUUGAACUGA